AUGGCUGAUUGCGUUCUUGUUUUUUUUUAUAUACCACCAAUUAUAAUAAUAAGGCGUACGCAUAGAAAAUGCGACAGGGUUAGAUUAGUGGUUGGAGUCUCGAAAGAUUGCUCCUACCACGCACAUCACUGCUUCUACGUCGUCCAUGUCGGCACGAGCGUCGUGACGAACACAACUUCAGCCAAUGCCAUCUGUAAGUCUCGUGCAAAAGAGGGGUACCUUUUGGAACCCUACGAUAGGACAAUGCACGUGGCAGCCAGGAAGUAUGCCGAACGCAAAGGGAAUAGGAAGACCCUUUUCCCCGUUAACGCCCUGUACGUUCACACGGAGAGUCUCAAAAAUAUCUUGUCCAAUCAGACGCCUGAUUCAAUACCUCCGAAUAUAGAAAUAGACAAAGAGCAAAGUGAAAAAAAUUACCUUUAUGCAACUCUGGAUGACAGCAAACAGUCGUGGAUCUUCAAAACAGCCGACCACCAUCACUUGCAUCGAACAGUUUGCACCUUCAAGAACAAGGAACUCCCGUGCACUAGAAAAUAUACACCGGCUAAAUUAAUUCUUAGAGAUGAAACUAACAAAUUUAAGGCUAGUUCAAGUUUAAAAAUAGACUAUCCAGAAUAUGUCCCGGCAAAAAAUGUAAAGGUUAUCAACGGUUCAUUUUAUUUCGACAAUCAUACAUGGAAUGUAAUGUUUGAUUACUUGAAAAUGCAUGGAAAUAUCGAUUGGUUGGCAUUCCACAACAAUUCCAAACUGAAACAAUUCAUAUGUGAGUUCAUGUUAUACUCCAACAAAUCCUACGUUCUGACUGAGAAGGAUUUCAAAGAAGUUGGCAUUAACAUCAAAACCUUUCAGAAAAUGACAAAUUUCCUCAAGUUCAUCAAAACGCAAUACAGAAUUGAUGUUCGCUCGAGAGAUAGCUUGAUUAUAAGACCGGCUUCUGGUUUAUUCAAAGGAGCUGCCGAAAAAUUUUUGGGCUGGCUCAAGGGUGACUUUAUUGAGAAGUUAUGUAGAUUUUUGGCACUGUUAUUUAAUCCGAGUAAGUUAACUCAGGAGGAGGUGGAAGAUAUGCAUAUACCUUGGACGUUGUUUUCGAUUUACAAAGAUUUCCUUUUUCCGAUUCUUGAUGCUAUGAUAGGUAUUCAGCGAAUAUCAAAUCUGGUAAUAACCAUUUGUUACAAGAUACAAGCCAUUCUCACACCUCUCUUGAGAAUGAACUGGUCGGCGAUUCUCAGUGGAAAACUCCAGUCCAUUUUUGAAGGGUUGGAUCUACAGUUUAUUGGAGACCUGAUCUUGAAAAAUGACAAAAGUUUAUUUCAUUUCUCGGAAAAUAUGUUAGACUCGGUGAAAAAUGUGCCAACAAGUCAAGUUAGCAAAUAUAAAUCGUCUAUGUCAAAAUUAAGUAGCUCCGUAAACAAAAAACAAACCAGUGUGAGCAAUUUGAUUGGAAAUUUUAAAAAUGGCAACAUGCUUAAUUGGAGAAAGUUUUAUAAUGGUGGCCAAUCGAGUUUUUCUAAAAUAGCUAAUCUUGAUUUUAACAAAAUGGGUCAGAUUUAUUCGAGUUUGAAGGGCAAGGUUGAUGACAUAUCCCCUAGUCUUCUUACAAAAUUCGGCAUGAAGGUUGAUGGAGAUCAUUUUUCGUUAGUUAAAAAAGCUUUAGGAGGCUUUGAAAAUUCAAUAAAUACAUUUGGAUUCAAUUUAAGUGGAAUAGUUGCAAAACAUUACGGGGGUUUUGAUAAUAAAUUUAUUAAUUCGGUCAAAAUGUUAAAAACUUCAGGCAUAAACGUGAAGGCAUCAAGCUUACAAAAGUUAUCUGGCAUGGUUGGAAGGGAAGAAGAUGAAGAAAACGAGUCCGAUGUUGAGGUACCAUAUGGAAAAUUGGUGAAAAAUCACAAAAGAAGAUCUUUAUCUAAACAACAAUCAAACCCUCUAGCAGAUCCAACAAUUUUAGAAAAUCCAUUUGCUGUAUCAGAGUCUAUUUUGGGAAAUCUGUCAAUACCCAGAACGGAUUGGAACGCCAUGGUGCAGCGUGUAGGUGACAACGAAAACCCUUACAAAUUUGAAAACCCUUAUAAGAUUAUAUUUAGAAAAUACUUUGCUGAUUCAUGCCUGGUUAUCUACAAUGCGGUGACAACAUGGUACGAAGCACAAAAUAUGUGUGCUAAUAAUAGCGGUUCCAUGAUUGCUUUCACUGAUGAUUUUCCACUUGAAGCCAUGAACAACAAAAUGUUUUUCCAAUUAUCUGAAUUUGUUUCUUUCUGGGUUUCAUCUUCUAAAGGAAUUUGGGUCUGGGGAAAAAGAGGUUGA